AAAAGAAGUUAAAAACCUCCAAAGCCACCACCACACAUAUGGAACCAAAUGUAGAGAAAACCACAAUCAAGUAAACAUAAGCUAUAAGAAGGAGAAGAAGCUAGCAUAUGUCUCUUCAACACAAGUAUCAACAACUUCGAGAUGUCACAAGAUCUAGUGCUAUGAACAAAGCCUCAAAUGGAUGAUGAGCAAAAAGUGGAUGAUGAGCAAAUGGAUUGGAAGCAAAAAGUGGAAGGAUUGAACUAUGAGUUAGGAAUUGUUGAAUCAUCAACUUCUCAAAUGGAUGAUGAGCAACCUAAGGUGAGUGUGAAAACCCUAGAAAAGGGUUUCCUAAUCAAUGUGCUUUUAGAAAAGAAUAGACCUGGUAUGCUUGUGUCAAUACUGGAAGCUUUUGAAAAUUUGGGACUUGAUGUGCUUGAUGCUAGGGUUUCUUGUGAAGACACUUUCCAGCUACAAGCUGUGGGAUCAGGAGAUAGUCACAAGGACGACAGUAUCAACGAGCAAGUGGUGAAGCAAGCAGUGUUGCAAGCUAUCAAGAACACGGACGACGAAUAAUCAAAUGGAUUGAUUCAUACGUAUUAUAAUAAAUCCAUAACACUUUUUUGUCUUGUUUUAUAAGCUUCAAAUUUGUACAUAUAUAUAUAUAUACAACUCAAAUAAUAUCUGUGAUUCCAUCAUCAUAUUCAGCCAAAAUUUGAGGUACCUACCUACCAUAUACUUCAAUGGCCCUUAGAUAUUGAUAUGGCUUAUCAUGAUCAGCAUCUUCUCAAAAAAUAAUGAAUGGACACACAUUUUCCAACUUGA